ACAAAUAUGGAAUCCUUAAAAGAAUUUUGCUACAAAGUUAUUUUCUACGAAGAACCUGAAGAUAUUCUGCCAAAUAUUGAUAUAACAAAAAAUAAUAUUUGUAUGAUAUGUAAAGGCGUUAUUAAUUCAAGUAUUAAAGAAGCAGUUAUAAUUUUAAAUUGUAAACAUUUUUAUCAUAAAGAAUGUAUUAGAGAAAAGUGUCCGCAGUAUCAAGAAAUAACUAAUGGAGUUAAAAAUAUACCGGUUAAUCAUCAAGAAAGUAACUAUUCUAUUAGCUCAUUAUUGAAUUUAGAACAUGUCAUUAUUUCUACUUCACUUACUGAUUACACUGAACCUACCAUGUUUACUGAAUCUAUUAAACCUCCUAUACUUACCAAAUCUACCGUAUUUAUCAUUAAUAUAGAAUUUAUCAAAUCUACAGAAUCUAAUGAACCUACUAAUG